AUUCUCUCUGUGUUGGCAUUCGUCUUUCUCACUCACUCACUGCAUAUAAUAACCCCUCUUCUCGAGUUCGUUUCCUCCACGCAAAGCCAAAGCCAAAGCCAAAACCAAACCCACUGUGUUUUCCCUUUUCCCUUUCCGUCUUUCUUUCCAUCUCUUCUCUCUACUACUUUCACCAUACCAAACCCUUCGCCCCACCCAAAUUCCCCGUCCGAUUCUCCAAUCGAUUCUCUCCCACCCCUCUUCAACAACACAAUUUUGUUUUUGUAUUUUUUGAAAUCAAAUUUCUGGGUUGCUUCUUGCGUCAGAAUCUCGCCUUCCGCCAUCGUUAUAUAUGGGCUGAGGUGCACAUUUCAUGGGAGGUUUAGAGGAUGAAGAACCAGCCUCCAAACGUAUAAAAGUGUCGCCGGGGAAAUUGAAGGGACUCUCGAACGGUUUAUCUGUAGUUGAGCCUUCAGGGGGCUCUUCAAGAGACUUGAUGGCUCGCCCCCUACCGUCCGAAGGGGACAAUGGUGAUGUUAUUGGUUCAAAAGGAGUAAUAAAAAAGGCAGAGUUUGUGAGAAUAAUAGCCAAGGCAUUGUAUUCUCUCGGUUAUAAGAAGAGCAGUGCUUAUCUAGAAGAGGAGUCUGGGAUAUCCCUACAUUCUCCGACUGUAAAUGUGCUUAUGCAGCAAAUUCAUGAUGGAAAAUGGGACGAAAGCAUUGAAACUUUGCGAAAAAUUGGUCUGUCGGAUGAAAGCAUUGUCAAAUCAGCUUCUGUUUUGGUGUUAGAACAGAAAUUCUUUGAGCUUUUGGAGAAGGACAAAGUCACAGAAGCACUGCAGACACUGAGGACCGAGAUUGCUCCAUACCACAUUAAUGAUCACAGAAUUCGUGAGCUCUCCUCCUGCUUGGUUUCUCCAUCAAUGAGGGCUCAAGUUGAUUUGUCCUGUCAACAGAGUCAGAGGGCUAAGUCUAGGACACAAUUGCUGGAGGAAUUGCAGAAAAUUCUUCCCCCAUCUCUUAUGAUCCCAGAAAAAAGGUUGGAACAUUUAGUUGAACGGGCCCUUUUGUUACAACGAGACUCUUGCACUUUUCAUAACUCCAUAAAUAAGGAGAUGUCGUUAUAUACAGAUCAUGAUUGUGGGAGAAAUCAGAUUCCUUCACAAACUUUACAGGUGUUACAAGAUCACACUGAUGAAGUUUGGUUUCUACAAUUUUCUCAUAACGGGAGAUACUUAGCUUCAUCUUCCAGUGAUCGGUCUGCAAUUAUAUGGGAGGUAGACUCAAAUGGAAGAGUUUCUUUGAAGCAUCAACUGGUCGGUCAUGAGCAACCGAUCUCUCUUGUCUCAUGGAGUCCUGAUGAUAGUCAGCUACUCACCUGUGGGGUGGAGGAAGCUGUCAGGCGUUGGGAUGUUGCUUCGGGCGAGUGCCUCCAUGUUUAUGAAAAAGUUGGUCAUGGACUAGUUUCUUGUGGCUGGUUUCCUGAUGGAAAGCAUAUACUCGCUGGCGCUAACGAUAAGAGUAUCUGCAUGUGGGAAUUAGACGGGAACGAGUUGGAAGGUUGGAAGGGACAAAGAACUCUCAAGAUUUCUGAUUUGGAAAUAACCAAUGAUGGGAAGAAGAUUAUUAGUAUCUGUAGAGACAGCGCGAUAUUACUACUCGACAGGGAGUUAAACGUCGAUAAAUUGAUCGAAGAGGAUCAGAUAAUAACCUCUUUUCAGCUGUCAAGGGAUAAUAAGUUCUUGCUAGUAAACCUUUCGAACCAAGAAAUCCAUCUGUGGAAUUUAGAAGGCGAGGCUGAGGUUAUAACAUCGUACACAGGUCAUAAGCGCACCCGGUUCGUUAUUCGGUCCUGUUUUGGAGGGCUCGACCAGGCUUUUAUCGCUAGUGGUAGUGAGGACUCACUGGUAUAUAUAUGGCAUAAAGGGACAGGGGAGCUAAUAGAGGCAUUGGAAGGGCACUCAGGGUCUGUAAACUGCGUGAGUUGGAAUCCUGCCAAUCCUCACAUGUUGGCAUCGGCCAGCGACGACCGUACGAUUAGGAUAUGGGGAUUAGGAGGGCUGAAUCUUAACGUUGUGAAGUCCAGAAAUAGUGAUCGCAGCAGCCGAAAUGGCGUCCAUUAUAGCAAUGGGGGAACUUGAACAGAGAUAAUUCUUCUUCUCUCUCUCUCUUCUCUCUUCUCUCAUACCCAUUUGUAACUUUUCUUUCUUUCUACAGUUGCUCUGUUCUUGUGUAAAUACUUCUUCAGUUACUUCUUUCCAAGUUUAUCAAUUCAAAGUUGUUCCAAUGUUGAAUCGUGAAGUCAUUCUCUAUUAAUAAAAUACUCAGUCUCCAUUCAACUCA